AUGAGUUCAUAUUUUGAGGAAAAGGCACCUUGUUGUGGAUCUCACUUUUGGAUUUUACUCAGCACUUGUUGGGGUUUUGUGUUAUUUGCUGCUAUCACAUCUGGUCUUGCUCUAGGACUCUUAUCCUUCAGCCAAGUUGAUCUUGAGGUUCUUGUUAAAGCUGGGAAGCCUCAAAUUCAGAGAAAUGCAGCGAAGAUUAUGUCAGUUGUUAAGAAUGAGAAUUUACUUUUAUGCACCCUCCUUGUAGCAAAAUCAAUGGCACUAGAGGGGGUUUCUGUUUUUAUGGAGAAAAUGUUCCCAGAGUGGAUUUCAGUAUUACUAUCAGCCACCAUGUUGGCUAUCAUUGCAGAGAUUAUCCCUCAAGCCUUGUGUUCUCGAUAUGGUUUAAGUGUUGGAGCAGCAUUGUCUCCCUUUGUUCGAGCUCUUAUGCUGAUUUUCUUCCCAAUUGCAUAUCCACUUAGUAAGUUGUUGGAUUGGCUUCUUGGCAAGGGACAUACUGCACUUUUAGGACGAACAGAGUUGAAGACUUUAGUCCAUUUACAUGCAAAUGAGGCAGGUAAAGGUGGAGAAUUGACACUUCAUGAAACUAAAAUAAUUGCUGGAGCUUUGGACUUAACACAGAAGACUGCUAAAGAUGCUAUGACACCUUUAAGUGAAACAUUUUCUCUUGACAUAAACUCCAAACUUGACAUGCAUACAAUGGGCUUAAUAAUGAGCAAAGGUCACAGCCGAAUACCAGUCUACUCUGGAAAACAAACAAAUGUUGUUGGUAUCAUCUUGGUUAGGAAUUUAAUCUUCUGUCGUCCGGAAGAUGAAACACCAAUUAAAUAUAUGACUAUCAGGAGAGUUCCUAGAGUUGCUGAAGAUUGGCCAUUGUAUGAUAUUCUGAAUCAGUUCAGGAAUGGUCAAAGCCACAUGGCUGUUGUCCUCAAGUGUGAAGAAAAUAUCAGAACUGCUGCAACUGAGAGAGAAGGAAAAACUCCAGGACUUGGAUCUUCAUGUGAACCGGGAGAUUAUAGUCGCAUCUCAACUGAUGCAUCAGAUUGGCAUUCACAAGAAACAGAAUAUUACAGUGCAACACUGAAGAGUGUCAUGAAUCGUGAGGGUGACUCAGGUCUUCCACAGAGAAUAUCAGAAGAACCUGAUGCAAGUUCAUCCUUUGAGAAUGUUGAGUCUUUUCCAACAACAGAUGAAGAAGUGAUUGGGAUAAUCACAUUGGAAGAUGUUAUGGAAGAGUUACUUCAGGAAGAUAUAUUGGAUGAAACUGAUCAUUAUGUUGAUGUUCAUCAAAAUAUCAAGAUCAAACUGCAACAUGCAAGAAGAGUGUCAUCUGGGUCAUCAAGAAGGGCUUCAAGUUCUCGUCAACAACGGAGAAGUUCAGAUGCAUCUCGAGUUUACUUUUUAAGCCCUACAUAUGUUUUACCUGUUUCUCCAUAA